CUUGUCGUUCAGAACUUCCCGCAUGGCUGAAGUGGGAGGAUGGAGUGAGGCAGAGAGUGAUAAAGAGAGAGCAUGCUUUGUGCACUGAGACGCUCCUCACUAUUUACAUACUGGGACUAGAUAUGUGUCAGAGCAGCUCUGAGAAGUUGUCAAGACCCCAAAAAUAAAAAGGACUUAUUUUUAAAGGAGCAACGUCACACGGUUCGAAUAAGGAAGCUGCUUGAAGAGCUGCAGGGGGAUUUCCAGAUAAGUUUCUGAAUUAACGCAUGGAAUGAGAGACACUGAUUGGAGCUAAACAAGCAGGACGCCAGAAAAGAAGAAAAGAACAAAAGAAGAUAUGAGGAAGAAAAGGAAGGUUUCUCUUAUGUGCCUGCUGAUCCUGGCUGUGCUCCAGAUUGGCACACCCUCUUCAGCUCAAAACAACACUGCUGGGCCCACAGUCAACAGCUCGACCACCACCACCACCUCCAGCACCACCACUUCUGCACCUCUCCCGUACCGUACACGCCCAACCGAUGUCGUAGUGACUGUGGGAGAACCUGCAGUGUUUCGCUGUGGAGUACCUGAAGCAUCUCCAGGUCUACGGUUCACCUUCUACGGGAGUCACGGCAACUACAGCCUCAGCUGCCCCGGUGACAACGACGUGGAAGAUAUCCCACAGGCUCUCUAUGGAAGUUGUAAAAGGGAGAACGGAGAGUCCCUGGCGGUGUGGACCCUCAAAGGAACCUCCCUCCCCGACAACAGCACGAGAGUCGUGUGUCAGCAGCCAAACAAUCCUUACGCUCCUUCUGCCGUCCUGCUCGUUUAUGAUAAUGGCACCAGCUAUGCCCUAAUCGUCGGCUGUACCAUCGGGGGUUUCUUCGGGAUCCUCUUGGUGUUUGGGUUAUUAUUCCUCAUGCUGAGAGAGUCUCGGACCCUCCAGAACUGCUUCAGGGUAGAAGAAGUAGAAGAGGACAAGACCACAAUAGUAAAGGAGUAAAAGGAUACAUGAAGACACAUGUUUGCAAGCUUUACUGGGUACCAGACAGCUUCUGAACUAAAACAGAACUAAAACCUGAAAAUAAAAAGCUUAAGGUCAGAUCCUGCUUCUCGAUAGCAUCAGUUCCUUGUUUUGCCUGUAGUUAUUAGACCAUGCCCGUCACGAUAGGUUUAUAUGUAAUACAUUGUUAAAAACAAAACGAAAUCAUUAAGCCAUACAUUAAUUGCACAAUAUAAAUCUGAAAUCUUAACAAAUAUAAAUCUAGAAAUGUAAAAUGUUUUGUCUCUGUUCUCUUGCGUUUCUAAAAUAGCCUCUGUGUAGAAAGCAGAAGUCAGAUCUAGAGUUUCAAAAACAAGUUGGCCAGAAAUUGGUCAGAAAGUUUCGUAGUGUAGUUCCUUUCAGCUGAACUUUAUAACAGCAUCAGGUGGUGAAAGAGAUGCCACAAACAAAACUGCUCAAUACACGAUGCCAAAAACAAGCUGCCAAAUGAGGAACACAAGAGCAGCUGAACUCUUUAACAACUAUCUAUUAGUCUAUUGAAAUGGUCACCGAUGAGGGCCCCUCAGUUACUUAACUGCAUUUUCACAGUCUGUCCACUUGGGGGCAGCAUUUACUACAAACAUGGCAAACCACUUAGUUUCACUUCUCAAGAAUGAGCAUGAACGAAAACCUCCGGAGAUCUGGUGUUAAAAUUAUAUUAUCAACUAUUUUGAAGAAGGCCCUUCCUUUGGCCAAUGAUGUGAUGUUGUCAUGCCAAGUGUUGCCAAGUGUAUUGUUAAAAAAUAGACGUAUUGAGUUUGCAUACAAGCAAAUACAGCAGUUCUUGGUUCUGCAGUAAACCCAGGAGAUAUAUGUUACUCUCUUUUGCCCUUUCAAUCCAUUCAAUAUUUUUUAUAACUUCAUUAGAGAAACUGUCUGUUGAUCCUGUAUAUAAGUCACAGUUGCCUAUCAGAGCUUGCACUUGAUGUUUAUUAAAGUUACGUCAAAACAA